GGUGCUUUCAUCAAGCGGUUUCCUUACAAAACCAUCAGUGAAACAAUCACUUUGGCGUGUUUGCUGAUGCUGCGAGAAGUUCUGCGACCGUUCUCUGUGCUCGCUAAGGACUCACCUAUCAAGGAGAACUUUGCCAAGGAGAUGAAUGCUUUCGUCGUCGAUCUUUUGAACUCGCUGGAAUCCCAGCGGCUUUCGCUUUUGGGGGAGCGGCGUAUGACCCCUGCUGGUCCCCGUCGACCACUGGAUUUGGAAUUGCCACGGCAAGGCAUCUCGAUUCUGGCCAUGGCUUGUGGCUUAGAAUUGAUAGUUUGGGCAGCCAUCGAUGAUAUCGAUUCUGAUGCGGUCUGCUCAAGAAUGUCAGGGCGGUUGUUUUCCAUUAACACCAACCGAGUACAACUGUCGCAGCUGCCGCUUGCUCUCAAAGCCCUUACAUCACUUGGCGGAUUAGCUGAGAAAUUUCCUUCGGUCGCAACAGCUACUGUUGUCCCCAUUCUUUCUCGAUUUCUUCUCGAACCAGCACCUAUCCUUACAAAACUUUCAUCGGAAACGUCAGGUGAAAAGCGUGGUGAAGAACGGCGACAAGAGGAGAAUACUGCAAAGAGAAAGUCGGCACUGGAUUCUUUGAGAAACACUGCAAUUGAUGCAUUAUGCAGGUCUCUCUCUUAG